CCGGCCACACGGGGCCCACACCUUUAUGAGUGACUUCCUGCCCAUCCCUGACUUCUCUCCUGCAGCCAAGACACCUGACUUUCUGGCCCUCCCGGGAUCCCCGCUUGCACUCAGCCCGGGCCCACCUCAUGGCCCCAACCUGACUGUCACUCACUUCCUGCCAAUCGCUGACUUCCCUCCCGCAGCCCCCCAACUUUCUUGCCUUGGCACUGUAUCCCACCUACACUCAGCCACAGCCAGUGAGGUUCUCACCCAGACUUCUGAAUUUCUGCCCCGCCCACUGCCUCCAGAAGCACCACCGAUUAGCCCCGCCCACUGCCUGCCCACGGUCCGCACCCCCUCAUGGACUUCGGUCCAAUCACUGACUUCUGACCCACUCCUGAACCAAUGGAAUUUCAUCCCCCACUCGCCCACAAUAAGCCACUCCCCCAACCCCCCAUUAACUGACUGUCAUCAGCCAGCCAAUGAAAUGGACUCUAUCCCUCCCCAUGCCUCUGCCUCAAAUGCACUCAGCCACGCCCCCUGCCCGCCAUGAUUCACACCCCAUGGCUAAUGUCUGUCCAAUCACUGACUUCCUUCCCGACCCCAACCGAUGGACUCUCUCUCCCUCCCCUGCUCCCAGAACCUUCACUCCGCCUCUCCCCCAGGCCCCGCCUCUCUUGCUUCGCUGGUUCCCCCCACAGCCGCCCUGACCGAGGCGCUCACCUCCCCGGUCCUCCACCUUCCUCCUCACCUCUCCACCGACCUCCUCCCCAGCCCUCCGAGGUGAGCUUCGCCCUCACCAGGGCCCAGCCCAGGCGCGGACGCUGUUCUCCCCAGCAGCGCCUUCCUCACCUGCACGUGCCGCUUCUGCUUCCUUUCUGUAGGGCACCCAGGACGCAGUUGGCCAGUGACCCCCAGCGUCCGGUCGCCUGGACCCUGAGACGCAGCUCUCCCGGCCGAGGAAGAGACACCACUGUCCCCGUGUCCACCGGCACUGCGGCCCCACUGUCUCCAUGGCCAGCCCUCCUGCCGGCAGCCAUCAACCCAGCCGCAGCAGCGGGGCUGGUGGCCCUGGCCUGAGGCGCGUCAUGGUGCCGCAGCAAGUAGGUCUCGGGAUGGGGAGGGAGGCCUCUGCGGGCCAGGCCACCGCGGGGAGCGGGUCACCGCACAGGUUGCCCCUGCAGCCCCAAGAGCAGAAGGAGCCUGCGGGGAGCCGCUCCGUGGUGCGCUAUCUGGAGCGCCGCUCGGUGGGGGCACGGGGCCGCCCCAGUCUCCGGGCCUUCAGGGACCAGGUGCAGAGCAAUGCCUUAGCCAGGCUGCCAGAGCUGCUGACCGAACGCCAGCUGCCCCUGGGCAGCGUCGACAAGGUGUUCGCCUCGCAGUGGCUGAAUGACAGGCAGGUGGUGUGCGGCACCAAGUGCAACACGCUCUUCGUGGUGGACGUGCUGACGGGCCACAUCUCACCCAUCUCCCUGAUGCAGGACAGGAGGCCCACACGGGCCUAUGUGCAGCCUGCCUCUGGCAUCCGCGCCAUCGAGCUGAAUCCCUCCAAGACGCUGCUGGCCACUGGGGGUGAAAACCCCAACAGCCUAGGGCUCUACCAGCUGCCCUCCCUAGACCCCUUGUGCCUGGGUGACCGCCAUGGCCACAACAAGUCCAUCACCUCCAUCGCCUGGAUCAGUGACACUGUGGUCGUGAGUGGCUCCUGGGAUGGGACCUUGGCGGUAUGGGGAGUGGAUCCUGACGUGUUCAGAGGCAGCACUGAGGGCCACAGUGAGCAGGGGCUUCCAGUGUAUGCCCACAUACAGCCAACGGACAGGGUGAUCAUCCCUGGAGCCAGUAUCCACUAUGGCAACUGCAAAGUACAAGCCCUGGCCUUCAGUGGCAAGAGGCAGGAACUGGGAGCAGUGUGCUUGGAUGGCUACUUCCACCUGUGGAAAGCCCAGAACACCGUGACCACGCUGCACUCUUUUAGCCUGCCCUUUGACCAAGAGAAUGUGUGUCUGACCUACUGCGAUGACUUUUCCCUGUAUGCGGUGGGCACCCAGUCUCAUAUCUGUUUAUUGGAUAUCCGCCAAGGCCGCCCAAAUGCUGGGGUCCAGCUGCUGUGUAACAUAGCGGGUGGCAUUGAUGUGUGCUCGAUGAGCUCCUACCAGCAUAUUGUCACCAUGGGCACGGGCCAUGGCUACCUGUUCUUCUUUGACAUCAGAGCACAGAAAUUCCUGCAGGAGAGAUCUGUGAUCAACCCAGACUCCUUUCCUGAGCCCACAGGCAGGAAGCUCAGACUCACCUGUGGCAAAGGCUGGCUCAACCAAGAUGACAGCUGGUGGAACGACUUCCCUGGCAUCGAGGAGCUCCCUUAUGCAAUCUACACCCACUGCUACAACUGGCCUGAGAUGAAGCUCUUCGUAGGUGGAGGGCCUCUCGCUUCAGAGCUGCGCGGGAACUAUGGAGGCAUCUGGAGCUAAGGACUGCUGCCUGCUUCUCAAAGUGGAACAGGCUCAGGUUCACAAGUGUACUUCUGAGAGGAGAGAUUAAGAUCCUUGCGCAAUCAAAAGUUGAG